AUGCGGAGUGCAGCCAAGCCCUGGAGUCCAGUCACCAGAGUGGGAAGCCGUGGGGUGGACCGCGCGCGACCCCUCCCCGCCCCUCCUCCCGGCAUGAAGAGCUCCAAGUCAUCCACCUCGCUGGCAUUUGAGUCCCGACUCAGCAAGCUCAAGCGGGCCAGCAGUGAGGACAUGCUCAACAAGCCAGGCGGUGCCGCCGCUUCUGGGGCAGCUCGGCUGAAAAAGACGUCCAUGUCUGGGGCCUUCUCCGAACUCGCAGAGAGCCGCCUGAGGGGCCCCCCAGGGGCUGUGGCAGCAGCCAAGCGGACAGGCAUUCCCACCCCUCGAGAACUCGCGGUAGCUGUCUCGAGAGAGAGAACGGUGCCACGCGGUCCCUCCAACUCCAGGAAGGCGGUAGCCAGCCCCACCUCUUCCAGCACGCCCACCCCCACCAAGCACGUGCGGGCCACUCCCACGAGACCCAGGCCGGAGCACGAAGACGCAGAGAAGGCCGCGCUCGAGUGCCAGGUUCGGGAACUCUUGGCAGAAGCCAAAGAGAAAGAUGGUGAAAUUAACAGGCUCCGAAGUGAACUCAAGACAUGGAUGGAGAAGUGGACUCAGAACACCGAAGGGGCUGACGCUUCGGACCCAAGUGUGGGCGGAGCGUCAGUCUUGCCGGGUGACUCGGAGCCUUUGAUCAGAGCCCUCGAGAAGAACGAGCACUUCCGGAAAGAGCUCGCCGAGCUGGAGGCGGAGAACCGGGCCCUGAAGGAGACACUGACUGCUUUUGAGCACUCCCCAGAUUCAGAGCGGGGAACGAGUCACACGGCGGGCAGCAGCUGCAGGACGUCGGUGACUCAGGAGUCCGGCUCCGGGAGCCUGAUGGGAAAUGAGUUGUCGGGCGAAAUCGACGCGUGUAAAAGAAGCCCACACGAAGGUGUGUUGCGGACGUCGGGCUCUUCGAGCAGCGACGUCACCAAGGCUUCCUUGUCCCCGGACGCCUCCGACUUCGAGCACGUCCCAGCGGACGCCCCCCCGGGGCCCCCGUCCCCCGCCGGGAGCCUCGUCAAGAGCUCCAAGCGCUCAGCGGCCGGCAGCUCCCCGCACGCUGCGCGCGAGCUGUCCCUGGCGUCCCUGACGGAGAAGAUCCACAGGAUGGAAGAAAGCCACCACAGCACCGCCGAGGAGCUGCAGGCCACGCUGCAGGAGCUGUCGGACCAGCAGCAGAUGGUGCAGGAGCUGACGGCCGAAAACGAGAAGCUGACGGACGAGAAGACGCUCCUGGAAGCGUCCUUUCAUCAGCAUCGGGAGAGGGCGGAGCAGCUGAGUCAGGAGAACGAGAAGUUGAUGACCCUCCUGCAGGAGCGAGUCAAGAGUGGGGAGCUCAGCACCCAGGAAGGAAAAAUCCUGGAGCUGGAGCAGAAUUGCACGGAGAUCCUGGGGCAGGGCCGCUUCGAGCGGGAGAAGCUGCUCAACAUGCAGCAGCAGCUGACCUGCCGUCCGAGGAAGGAGGGGGAGGACCGGGGGGCUCUGGAGACGGUCCGGCUCCUGAAGGAGGACAGCGGGGAACGGACCGCCUUCCUGGAGCCGGACCAGCGCGACAGCGGGGCCGUGGCCGAGACCCUGGAGGAGUGUCGGGUUCCCUUGGAAGGGCUCAAGGUGGAGAACGGGUCUCUGCAGGCGCACCUGGAGAAUGAGAAGCCGAAAGCCGUAGAGACCAGCCCCCCGGGGCACACGGCCGAGGGCUGUGAUGCUCAGGAAAUGUUGACAGCAGCCCGAGCCGAGAAGGACCAGCUGGAACAGUCCUGCGCGGAGCUCAGACAGGAACUGCUGAAGGCACGUGGCGAGGCUAAGCGUGUCUCAAGCCUGCUGUCCACGGUGGAAAAGGAUUAUUCUUACUUGAAGGAGAUAUGCGAUCAUCAGGCAGAACAGCUGAGCAGAACCAGCCUCAAGCUGCAGGAGAAAGCGUCGGAGAGUGACGCGGAGAUUAAAGACAUGAAGGAGACCAUCUUCGAGCUGGAGGACCAGGUGGAGCAGCAUCGAGCCGUCAAGUUACACAACAAGCAGCUCAUCAGUGAGCUGGAGAGCAAUGUGAUGAAACUGGAGGAACAGAAGUCUGACCUGGAGAGGCAGCUGAAGACCCUGACGAAGCAGAUAAAGGAUGAGACGGAGGAGUGGCGGCGCUUCCAGGCUGACCUGCAGACAGCGGUGGUGGUGGCCAACGACAUCAAGUGCGAGGCCCAGCAGGAGCUGCGCGCUGUCAGGCGGAGGCUGCUGGAGGAGGAGGAGAAGAACGCCCGGCUGCAGGAGGCGCUGGGGGGCGCGCGGGCCCGCGGCAGGUGGAUAAACCCGAGAGCCACUUGUGUACCUGUGAAGGAAGAUCCGGAGCCCUCCGAGGUGGACGCUCCUGGCCGGUGGCACGGCGGCUACGUGAACAGAACUCCUCCGACAGCUUCAGAGUCUGCAACCACCGUUAAAUCCCUUAUCAAGUCAUUUGACUUGGGGCGUCCAGGUGGUGCUGGGCAGGACGUUUCUGUCCAUAAGGCCUCCAGGAGCCCCCUGAGCGGAAUCCCCGUGAGGACCACUCCAGCUGCCGCUGUUUCUCCAAUGCAGAGGCAUUCAACCUUCAGUAGUGCUCGGCCGGCCAGCAAAGGAGUGAGUCAGCGCGUGGAUCUCCCAGACCUUCCCCUCUCAGAUCUUCUGAAGGGAAGGGCUGAGGACCUGAGACCAGACCCUUAUCUCCGCAAGAGCCCCUCGCUCGAGUCCCUGAGCAGACCUCCUCCUCUGGGCUUCGGGGGCUCCAGGCUGCUGAGCGCUCCCACCGGGGGCUGGAAGCCACAAAGCAAACUCAGCGUGGAAAGAAGAGACCCCCUGGCUGCCUUGGCCCGGGAAUACGGUGGCUCCAAGCGCAACGCUCUCCUGAGGUGGUGCCAGAAGAAGACGGAGGGCUACGCGAACAUCGAUAUCACCAAUUUCAGCAGCAGCUGGAGUGAUGGCUUGGCCUUGUGUGCUCUCCUGCACACCUACCUGCCUGCUCACAUCCCGUACCAGGAGCUGAACAGUCAGGAGAAGAAAAGAAAUCUCUUGUUGGCAUUUGAAGCAGCUGAAAGUGUAGGCAUCAAACCCAGCCUGGAGCUCAGUGAGAUGCUGCACACAGACCGGCCCGACUGGCAGAGCGUGAUGCAAUAUGUGGCCCAGAUCUACAAGUACUUUGAGACGUAA